AUCUGCAAACCCACCCGCCCGGCAGGCUGUGGACACCUGCCUUGAAACGCCUGGGCUCAGUUCGCUAGGACGGAACACUCCAACAAUAUCCAAGCAUUCGCCCCAGAGGCGUCAAUGCCCUCCCUGUACAUAAAACAAACGCCAAACAGUGCCGUCGAGCGAAACCGGCUGUGGCGUGGGGACUCACUUCUUACAAAACAGAAAGCACUUUCAACUUCAGUUCUCUUGUCCAACCUCGCAUGUUGGCUUUUUUUCUUUUGCACCUAACGGCAAAAUGCGACCAUCUCCGGAGAGUCUAUCCGUUCUACCUUUGGUGAUCGGUGUUGUGCUUUCUCCAUCAACCGUUGAUGCCGCCGCUUUUCGGCACGCUGGACAACCCGCUGGACUCAUCGACACUGCGAACAGCGACGACCUUUAUCGAGGCGCGCGCGGGAGUGCUUUGCCAGGGCUGACAUGGCUACGCGAUAGCAUUUCUGAGAUCAUAUUCGGGCGUCCAUCAACUAAACACAGCGACUCUAUCUCACCCAGCGUAUCGCUGUCCCAAUAUCGAGAUGAUGUUGUGGUACGCUUCAAUGUUAUAAAGCCAGCAGAUCAGGUGGUUCUGGCCCAGGCCAUCAAAGCAAAGCGUCUGGACGUCUGGGCCUCCACACCACAGUUUGUGGAUAUCCGACUAGAGGAGAGUCAGCUACGCCCAUUGCUCAGACUUAUUCCGUCUUCAAUGCAAAAACAAUGGAGCGUUCUGAUUCCUGACCUCGAGGAAGCCGUUCGGGCGACAUUUCCCACCAAAGGCGAGACAACAGAAUACGGAGAUGCAGCUGAAAGCCUGGAUGCUGUAUACACGAAAGGAAACAUCUUCUUUCACGACUACCAGCCCUUAUCGGUCAUCACAAGCUGGAUGGCUCUCAUGGAGACCAUGUUUCCAUCUAUUGCCAAGAUGGAGAGCAUUGGAGACUCGUACGAGGGAAGACCCAUUCACUCUUUCCGCAUUGGAGAUCACAGCGGCGACAACGCAAACAAUGGCACCAGGAAAACGAUCCUCGUCACCGGCGGGCUCCACGGCCGUGAAUGGAUAUCGACAAGCACGGUGACGUACCUGUUGUGGUCAAUAAUCACGGCCUAUGGAAAGGAGUCGAUGGUCACGAAGCUUCUCAAGCACUUCGAUAUCAUCUUCAUUCCCGUGGUCAAUCCAGAUGGUUACGAUUACACGUGGAAGACUGAUCGGCUGUGGCGCAAAACAAGACAGCAAACCAAGGUGUCUUGGUGCCACGGCUUCGAUCUCGACCAGGCUUUUGGCUCUGUAUCGGGCCAAACCAACUUUCAAGUCGACCCGUGUUCAGAAAGUUAUGGCGGUGACAAACCGUUCCAGGCAGUCGAGGCUACCCGCCUGGCUGACUGGGGAAGAAACCAGACUGAGAACGGUGUCAAGUUUGUCGGGUUCUUGGACUUGCACUCGUACUCGCAGCAGAUCCUUUUCCCUUACACCUCCACAUGCGAUGAGGACCCACCGAACCGCGAAAAUCUCGAGGAACUUGGCGUUGGUUUGGCCAAGGCCAUCCGGCUCUCCAGCGGGAACUUCUAUACGGUGAGCUCAGCAUGUGAGGGUACUACUACCCGUCAAGAUGCCGCGAAUGAGGCCACUGGUGGCUCAGCCAUUGAUUGGGUCUAUCAUGAACUGUACUCCCGGUAUAGCUACCAGGUCAAACUCCGUGAUACCGGCAUCUAUGGGUUUUUGCUUCCUAGAUCGCAGAUCAUACCCACUGGAGAGGAGAUGUUGAAUGCUCUGAAAUACUUUGGUGACUUUUUGCUGGGAAACAAUGGAAUUGAGAGUAUCUCGAAGGCGAAGGAGCGCACCUCGCAUGAUAAGGACAGGGUAGACCUUAAGUGAGUGUGUCGGAUGAUAAGGUAGUGUUACACACUCAGAAUGGGGGCAUAAUUAGGCGUUCUAUACCUUGGCUACAGAUGGUUUUCAAAUCGAUACAGUUAUCCUUGCA